CUGACUGGAAAUUAACAGUGCCCGCUUUGGAAGGUCACUGAACUGGGAUGGAUUACACGCUGGAACCAAAUAUGUCCAUGACCACAGAAGACUAUUAUCCAGACUGGCCGGCUAGCCCCUGCCACACUGCAUUCACCCAGAAAUCCAGCUCUCUGCUUCUUGCCUUGCUCUACUGCCUCCUUUUUCUCUUUGGCCUGCUGGGGAAUGCCCUGGUCAUUUUGGUUCUGGUAGCCUGUAAGAAGCUGAAAAGCAUGACUGAUGUGUACCUGCUGAACCUGGCCAUCUCCGACCUGCUCUUCGUGUUCUCCUUCCCCUUCCUGACACACUACACUCUGGACCAGUGGGUGUUUGGGAACACCAUGUGCAAGGUCAUCUCAGGAGUUUAUUACAUCGGCUUCUUCAGCAGCAUCUUUUUCAUCACCAUCAUGAGCAUGGACAGGUACCUGGCUAUCGUCCAUGCAGUCUAUGCCUUGAAGGUGAGGACGACCAGGAAGGGCAUGGCUGUCAGCCUCCUGGUGUGGUUGGUGGCUGUUUUAGCCUCUGUCCCUUUGCUGGUGUUUUACCAGGUGUCUUCAGAGGAGGGCACUCUCAAGUGCUACUCCUUCUAUGAUGACAGAACUAUUGAGUGGAAACUCAUCACCCACUUUGAAAUCAACAUCCUGGGCCUUGUCAUCCCACUCAGCAUCCUUGUUUACUGUUAUGCCAACAUCCUGAGGCACCUGAAGGGGUGUCAGAACCAUCACAAGAUCAAGGCCAUCAGGCUUGUCCUCAUUGUAGUGGUGGCAUUUUUCCUCUUCUGGGUUCCCUUUAACAUGAUGCUUUUCCUGAACUCCCUACACAACCUGCACAUCCUGGAUGGGUGCGACUUGAGUCAGAAACUCACCCAGGCCACCCAGAUAACUGAGGUCAUCUCCUUCACCCACUGCUGUGUCAACCCUAUAAUUUAUGCUUUUGUGGGGGAAAAGUUCAAGAAGCACCUCUCUGAUAUCUUUGGGAAAUACAAACGUUAUUUCUGGGUAUACAAAGAAAGCUAUUACUCUCAGGAAUAUACGGACAGAUCAUCUGUACCCCACUCAGCUUCCUCCACCACAGACUAUAUUUUGUGAAGGAGGAUGGUCCUGGCCCUGGCAGAAAAUGUUUGUAUGGAAUUCAGGGAUUGCAGGAAGGAAGCAGGGAGAAGAUGUUUUGUUUACAAGGAAGACAGACAUUUGCUAUUUUCUUCUGGUCUCUCCUAAUAUGGAUUAAAUACUCUCUUCCUUCCCUCCUUCAUUUCAAAAGAGGCCAUUUGCAAUUUUCUGGAUAUAUUCUCUGGCUGAUGCUUUCUUUGGAGGUAGGAGGAGAGUUAACCUGAACUAAAUACUGAUUGCGUAAGUCAGGGUGUGCCAAGGAGUUGUAUAAGAACCCUUAAGUUGGGAAUGGUCAACCUCUAACCAUGGGCUUUAAUUUCAUCUAACCUGCAAGGCAAGUAUCAAGAGGCAUAUGUAAUGUAAAUACACUAGACUGGGGCUCAGAAGAAGCUGUGUUCUAGGCUUGGCUCUGCUGCUAACCAAAGGUGAAACUGUGAAUAUAACAGUUCACUUCUUUGUGAACAGUGAUUUCCUCUGAUCUCCCUAGCUUUACACAGGCUGAGUCCCUGGUCUGGAAUGCACUCCUUCCUUUCCUCCCCAUCAUGGAAUAAUACCCAACUUCCUUCCACGUACAGCUCAUGGACUGCUUCCCUCAUGAUCUACCUUUCCUGAUCUACUUUGCCUCCUUGCCACCAAGUUGUUAAUAUUCAUUCAUGUUCUUGAAAUAACUUUGUAUAUCUUUUUUUAUUUACUCAUAUGUGUAAACAUUGUAGUCACCAGUGUAACGUAUGCUUCCUGUGCGGGUGGGGGGUGUGGAACUGUUUACUUUGUGUUUGUAUCCCCAGUGACAGCUUCCAGCACUUUCUCUUGCAAACAGUAGGCACUUCUAAAAAAAAAUUAUUAAAUUGAAUUGAAUUGAGAAUAUGGGUUCUUACAAAGCCACCAGUAAUUAUGGCAUAAAGAAAAAAGCAAGUAUAUUCCCAGUGUCUCAGAGGGCUUUGAAGGAAACCCACCCAUUUGUAGGCAAGCAUUCAAAGCCUGAAUCUGAAUCCAGAAUUGCAAUCCUGGAGACUACCAUGUCACAAAACUCUGAUCUAGUUCUGGGUGGACUUCUCACAAGCUGGAAUAUAUUUUUUUUAACAUGACUAAGGCAAAAAGGAGAGGCCAACAGUGAGUGGGAGACAAGACAGAAGGAAACCCCUGCAGGGGUUUUAUGCUGUGAGUUCUGAGCACAGAGACUAAGCAGGACAGGCUGGUCGCAGCAGCCACAUCUCCACUCUACAGAACAAAAAUCGGAGAUGGAGAUUGAUGGUUCAAAGGGUGGCCACUUCUUGGCAAUCAACUCAAGGACAUUAAAGAUUUAAUUUCCUCCCUGGUGUCUAUCUCUGAUAAACAUUUUCAUAUUUUUUUC